GCAGGUACGUGUGAACGGCUUUGGCUUGUUCCUGCUCAUCCUAUACCCUGGUGCCUACGUCGAUUUGUAUACUGACCAUCUACAGGUUGUCUCCCCCAUACGACAGCUCAGGAUCUACUGUGCAGGGGUUUGGCACAAUUUUGUCAUAGUGAUAUUUUCUGUGAUUAUGUUGGUCCUCCUGCCUUACCUCUGGGUACCUCUGUACACUGCAGGAAAUGCUGUGGCCGUCACCUAUGUUACCGAGAAUUCAGCUGUGUCUGGUCCACGUGGUCUCAGCGUAGGGGACCCCAUCACCAGUGUCAGUGGCUGUCAUGUGCGUAACCUUGACGACUGGACCAGCUGCAUCAGUUUUAGCAUGAGGGAGUCUUCACUUGGACACUGUAUGGCGAUCGACCUUGUGAAAAGUCUCGACACCAAAGAUCGAAAUUUAUCCAUAUCUGGCAAGUCAGAAGCUUUAGACUGUUGUAAUAGCACCAGCAAUACUCACCUGUGUUUUAGAUUCCAUGUCAAAACCUCCCCAGAAAAUGUGAGUCUUUUUAUUAAUAUUUCAUAAUUUUGAAAUAACAACUCAUAACAUUUUUUUGCUUAAAUUUGAGUGCACCUCCAAGAUA